AUGCCGCCAGAUCGCCAGCGGGCUCUACUGGAAAAGGAUAAGAGGGAACCUCAGACUUGCAGAUCAGUCUCCGAUUUCCUUGAAUCAAAGAUCCGAGACUACAAAGUCGAUCUGGAUUACAUCCAGUGUGCCCACGAAGGUCUUCUGGAGGCACGAGAUGCCGACAUGCUCACCGGCCCAGAAUACGUUGCGGCUCUACGGCCUUUCAUGAAGUCGGCUAGGUCGGCCUCACAGGAGCUGAAAGCUCUCUCAUGUCAACGUAAGAUCCUGGAAGAAGAUCUGGAAGAGCAAGCGUCGGUUAAGCGGCAGCGGCAAGGAGAGCCAGAUAUUGAAAUACUAGAAAGGGCGUACAUCGAUAGUAUACUGCCAAAGGUUAUGGCAGCCACGGCUAAACCGCCAAAGAACAAGAUGAUUGUAGGCAGCCAAUUCAACGCAUGCAAUUUCAAGAGGGACGUUAAUGAGUAUUACGGCAUUCCUAAGAAAAAGGGCUUCUGCCACCUCACGGGCAAUUGGGAUCCCGCGGAUAUUAAAGCAGCCCAUUUGGUACCGAAAAGCCUCAGCGGUGAUGAGAUUGCGCACCUAUUCGGGGUGGAAACCCUCGUGCUAUCCAAUCCAAGCAAUGCAUUAUCUCUCCACCGGAAUAUAGAAGGCGCCUUAGACAAAGGACAGAUCGUCAUUGUCCCAAUCCUGAGUGAUACCGAGAUUACUAGUCCUUCGCGUUGGAAAUGUGUGCUGACGGAUGAAUCCAUCCGCAACCUUACGGCAAUUACAACGCCCAGUCAUUCCUGGAGAUGGAAUGACUUUGACCAAAAGGAACUUGAAUUCCUUUCUGAUACCCGACCCGCCAAGCACUUUUUAUACUUUCGAUUCAUUGUGAGAUACAUCUUUUGUAAGAAGCGAGGUCAAGUCACAUUCACGGACAAGGUUGAGGCGGCCGGCCAAUUCUGGCCAACACCCGGUCCUUAUCUCAGAAAGUCAAUGCUGCGGACGUUGGCUAGAAGCAUUUCAGGCUACCAGCUACCCGCGAGCUUGGUGGACAACAAGACUUUCGAGGAUUCGGAGCACGUAAAGGGAGACCCCGGAGCGGAGUCAGGCAUUGUGGCGGCCCAAUCUAUCUACGAAGCCAUGAUCGCCUCUAUUAAGACUUCGGUACCUGAUGAAAUGGAGGAAAGGGACUCGGAAAUGGGCCAAGGUCAGGCCCUGGAUGAGGAUAGUACAAGUUCGAGUGGCGAUGAGCCUUUCUUUGAGGACAGCAUGGAGUUUUUAUGA